AAUCUAAUUUUUCUAUCUCUGUCGUCACGCAAGAAUGGAACGAGCCGCUCAGUGGAGUCUCGCGAGAUCCGUCGGAGCCUAUGUGACUUCCGACUGAGCGGAAGUGGGGCCUCUUUUCCGUGGCUGACCUGGAGCGAGCGGCCGCGCCGGUGCCAUGAAGCUCAAUAUUUCAUUCCCUGCCACCGGCUGCCAGAAACUCAUCGAGGUGGACGAUGAGCGUAAGCUGCGCACGUUCUACGAGAAGCGGAUGACUGCAGAGGUCCCGGCUGAUGCUCUUGGUGAAGAGUGGAAGGGAUACGUUGUCCGCAUUAGUGGUGGCAAUGACAAACAAGGUUUCCCCAUGAAGCAAGGUGUCCUCACUCAUGGCCGUGUCCGUCUGCUACUUAGCAAGGGCCACUCCUGUUACCGUCCUAGGAGAACUGGAGAACGAAAACGCAAAUCUGUUCGAGGAUGCAUUGUUGAUGCCAACUUAAGCGUCUUGAACUUGGUCAUUAUAAAGAAAGGUGAGAAAGAUAUUCCUGGAUUGACUGAUCAUACUGUGCCCCGUCGCCUUGGUCCCAAGAGAGCUAGCAGAAUCCGAAAGCUGUUUAAUCUCUCCAAAGAAGAUGACGUCCGUCAGUAUGUUGUGAGGAGACCAUUGAGCAAAGAAGGUAAGAAGCCAAGGACCAAGGCACCCAAGAUCCAACGUUUGGUGACCCCCCGAGUCCUGCAGCAUAAGCGCAGACGUAUUGCUCUAAAGAAACAACGAACUCAGAAGAAUAAGGAAGAAGCUGCCGAGUAUGCCAAGCUUCUGGCUAAGAGGAUGAAGGAGGCAAAAGAGAAGCGGCAAGAACAAAUAGCUAAGAGGCGUAGACUGUCUUCUCUGAGAGCCUCUACAUCUAAAUCUGAAUCAAGCCAGAAGUAAGCAAUGAACUGUGCUCCUAAAAAGGUCCUGUGAAGCAAGUUAAGCUGAGAGACAGUGACUGGCCCAAAGUUACACAGCUUUCGUGUCUGAAGUGAAAGGAGAACUCUGUCUCCUGAUUGCCUCAAUCACUAAAACGAAUUGGCACCCCA